AUGGCGAGCACGUCCCCUAUGCCGUCGACUGCCCAGGCCGGCGAUGGCCCUGAGCGCAAAGACGGCCCCAGAAAGCGGCGGCGGGCGACGGUGGCCUGCCGCAGCUGUCGCCAGCGCAAGACCAAAUGCGACCACAUUGUGCCGGCACAGGCGUCGGACGAGAUGCUUCGGGGCAUGACUAAGUCGGCGCAGGCAUAUAUCCGAUCCUUGGAACGCCGUGUACGCAACUUCGAGGACACUCAUCGAGACAAGCAGCAGCGACCGCAGCCGUCACAUGCUCUGCCCGUGGUCCAGCACAACUCUCCUGUUCCGUCGAUUAUCCAGUACGAGGCCUCGAGGCUGCCGCCAAUGCAGCAUCCCAACCAGUCAAUGGGUUGGCCAGCGGGCCGCAGCUACCACCAACAACAGCAUCACCAUGUCCUCCCAACAACCCCAGACAUAUUCCUCAGCGGCAAGGCUGGCGAGUCUUUUACGCGGCUGAUACUCAACGCCAUGAAUCACCCAUCUGCCAAGCUGGAUGCUCGGUCCUUUACAUCCCCUCGAGACUAUUCUGUCGAGUCGAGGAGCCCAUCUGAUCUAUUCUCACUGCCUCCCAACGCCCAAGAAUUGCUCAAAACAUACUUCGACUUCCACCAUGAACUCACUCCAAUAUUCCAUGUUCCUACCACCAUGGCUCAGUUUGAGCAAGUGUUGAGCAAUCGCCACGCGGCUCGAACGACGGAUCAUAUCUACACACUGGCCAUCCUCAACAUGAUAUGCGCGCUGACUGCGGCGCACAGUCGACGGGGCCAAGAGGGCUCCGACGUUAUAUCUCGAAAGUACUACGACACUGCCAUGCAGCUUAUGCAGCCAAGUCUCAUGUCAGAAUGGAGGAUCGAAAAGGUCCAAGCCUUGCUUCUCGGCGCUCGCUUCCUGCAAAGCUCCAGCUACAGCGACGAGUGCUGGACGGUGCUGGGGCUUGCCAUCCGCAUAGCCUACGAUCUGGAGUUACACCGGCCGCCUGAUCCUGAGAAAUUCGAUUGUAUAGGCCAGGAAGUCCGCAAGCGGGUGUGGUAUGCAUGCUUUGGCCUGGAUCAGCUUCUCAGCAUGAUUUACGGCCGCCCUGCUGCUACCUCGACGGCCACAUUCUCAACUCCUCUGCCAGAAGAUCUAGAUGAUGACUGCAUUCGGCCGAAUCAAUUAUUGUUCCCCUCAGUCCAGGCUACAACUAGCAUGUCAUUUUUUCUACAGGUAUCAAAAUUAUACCGUCUUUUAGAGGCCACAAUGAUGCUGGGCGGCCAACCAACGUUAUCAGACUUGGUUAGACUUGACGAGGAGUUUGAAACUUGGCAGGCCGAAAUGCCUGAUAAUCUUCGCAUCCGCGAAGGCGUACCACCAGACAAAGAAUCAACACUUAUCCUUGCGCUUCGGGCCAACAUGGUUUGCAUAUUGAUCCACAGACAGUCGCUCGUAUCGGGCCUCAGCGCACUUUCAUCAGCAUCUUCUGCUUCGGCUCCAGCUACCAAUGAACCGGAGGGAGGUCGACUACGGGCAAGCGUACUGCAACGUAGCCGACAAGUUUGUGUCAGCACAGCAGAGGAAACCAUUCGUCUGGUAGCUGAGCGCCAUGACCGGACUAAAAAAGCAAUGGGGCCCAGCUGGUUCAAUCUAUACUACUUGUUUACUUCGAUCCUCAUCAUCGUCUCCCAUGUUGUUGAUCCAGAGUUUCGAGACGACCGAAGCGCACUGAUGCACCUAGACCAGGCGGUGACUAUGAUCCGCCAAAUGUCUGGCAACCAUCUCUGUGCGCAACGGGCAUAUGCAUUUUUACAGCAGCUGCUUGGCUUCCUGAAUAGGACGAUACCCGAUGAACGGAGGAGGACGGUUGAGCGGUACAACACCCCUCCGACUGUCAUGCCGGGGAGUGAUAGAUGGGCCGGAGAGGCUACGGCAUAUAGCAACAGCACGACACUACCAGAGGACGGGGCCACGGAAGACGGAGGCGUCGAUUUGUGGUCACUGUGGGACACUACUCAGGAUCUCACCAUGGAUCUAGGCUCUCAGUUAGAGCUCCAUUCGAAUCUAGGCUCGGCCACUUGGUCGUGGGGUGUGGAGAACCCCGGAGCUGCUGAGUCGCUGAUGCGAUCUCCACCAGUUCUCAACGGAGUAGUGCCUGGAUAA